GGCGUCCGGUGCCAAGUGUCCGGUCACGAGUGCUCGUUACGUGUGUCCUCUCAUUCAGAGUGACUGACACACACUGUUGCUGCCGGUCAUCUCUCCUGUUUCUAUAGUAACUGAUGGAUGCGCUGAGCGCGUGAGAGGACACUCACCUGCGCGUCUCCAGAUUCUCCAUCAUGUCGGAUCAACACUCAUCUCCUCCAUCCGGACAGAAAUCCGCACUCAGGGUCACCGAAUCCUCUCUGAGCAGGUUUCAGGUGGACCCGGUGGCGGAGGCGGCUGCGGCUGCAGCGGCUGCGGCGGCGAGUGAUUCGCGCUCCUCCGGCGGGGAGGAGAAGGGCAGAUUCCGGGUGGUGAACUUCUUAAGCCCGUCUGACGCCGCACCUGACGCGGGUUUGAACGGAGACACAGUGAGAAGUGAAGCGAGUCUUCAUUCUUCUACCGGAGGUCUCAGUCAUUUCUCAGACACUCACUCCAGCACGUAUUACAUGCGGACAUUCGGUCACAACACCAUCGACGCGGUGCCGAACAUCGACUUCUACCGGCAGACUGAAGCUCCACUGGGGGAGAAACUCAUCCGACCGUCGCUGUCUGAACUACACGAUGAGCUCGACAAGGAGCCGUUUGAGGAUGGGUUCCCAAACGGCGAGGAGUUCACGGCUGCGGAGAUCAUCACAUCCAAAGAUGUGUCCGAUUCCAAGGGCGGUACGGUGAAGUUCGGCUGGAUCAAAGGAGUUCUGAUCCGAUGCAUGUUGAACAUCUGGGGCGUGAUGCUGUUCAUCAGGAUGUCUUGGAUUGUGGGUCAAGCCGGCAUCGCUCUGUCGUGUGCCAUUGUUCUCAUGGCUAUUGUGGUGACGUCCAUCACUGGACUCUCAACAUCAGCUAUAGCAACUAACGGCUUUGUGCGCGGAGGUGGAGCGUAUUACCUGAUCUCCAGGAGUUUAGGUCCAGAGUUUGGAGGGUCGAUCGGUCUGAUUUUUGCCUUCGCUAAUGCUGUUGCCGUCGCCAUGUACGUCGUGGGUUUUGCAGAAACUGUUGUCGAACUUCUUGAUAGUAUAGAUGCUCUCAUGACAGAUGAGAUUAAUGACGUCAGGAUCGUCGGCACGCUCACCGUCAUUCUACUGUUGGGCAUCUCUGUUGCUGGCAUGGAGUGGGAGGCAAAGGCCCAGAUUGUGUUAUUGGUCAUUCUUGUGGCGGCUAUUUGCAACUACUUCAUUGGCUCGUUUAUUCCGGUAGAAUCAAAGGAACCCAAAGGCUUCCUUGGCUACAACGCUGCUAUAAUGCUGGAGAACAUGGGUCCGGACUUCAGAGAUGAAGAAACGUUCUUCUCGGUUUUUGCCAUCUUCUUCCCGGCUGCCACGGGAAUCUUGGCAGGAGCGAAUAUAUCCGGAGAUCUGGCGGAUCCACAGCUGGCUAUUCCAAAAGGAACUCUACUGGCGAUCAUCAUAACUGGAGUAGUUUAUCUCGCUGUUGCCGUCUCCAACGGCUCUUGUAUCGUGCGAGACGCUACAGGCGACGAUAAUGACACGAUCGUGGGUCCGCUGGAGAACUGCACAGACGCGGCCUGCACGCUCGGUUACGAUUUCUCCAUCUGUAAAGAAGGAGGCUGCAAGUAUGGACUUCAAAAUGACUUCCAGGUCAUGAGUUUGGUGUCGGGUUUCGGGCCGCUCAUCACAGCUGGGAUCUUCUCUGCGACUCUCUCAUCUGCUCUUGCGUCUCUGGUCAGCGCGCCGAAAGUGUUCCAGGCGUUAUGUAAGGACAACAUCUACCCUGGAUUAGGUGUGUUUGCGAAAGGAUACGGAAAAAACAACGAACCGCUGCGAGCGUACGUCCUCACCUUCAUCAUCGGUCUCGCCUUCAUUCUGAUCGCUCAGCUGAACGUCAUCGCUCCGAUCAUUUCCAACUUCUUCUUGGCCUCUUACGCUUUAAUCAAUUUCUCUGUUUUUCACGCAUCGCUGGCGAACUCUCCAGGAUGGCGUCCAAGUUUUAAAUACUACAACAAGUGGGUGUCGCUGUUCGGAGCUGUGCUGUGCUGUGUGGUGAUGUUUGUGAUCAACUGGUGGGCCGCUCUCUUCACCAAUGUCAUCGUCCUGGCACUGUACAUAUACGUCAGCUAUAAGAAACCAGAUGUGAACUGGGGUUCAUCGACACAAGCGCUCAUGUACAAUCAAGCAUUGACGCACUGUCUGCAUCUCACUGGAGUAGAAGACCACAUCAAGAACUUCAGGCCUCAGUGUCUAGUUAUGACGGGUUACCCGGACUCGAGACCAGCUCUGUUGUAUCUAGUGCAUGCCUUCACCAAAAACACGGGCCUGAUGGUCUGUGGUCACGUGCGCACAGGUUACCGUAGGCCAAACUAUAAGGACAUGAUGAAUGAACAGGUGCGAUAUCAGCGCUGGCUUCUAAAGGCACGCAUGAAGGCCUUCUACAUACCUGUGCUUGCUGAAGAUCUCCGACAAGGAGCCCAAUACCUGCUACAGACCACUGGUUUGGGUCGUCUGAAGCCGAACACACUAGUAUUUGGCUUUAAGAACAACUGGAGGGACGGUGACAUGAAGGAUGUGGAAACAUUUAUCAACACGAUCCAUGAUGCCUUUGAUCUUCAGUAUGGAGUCGUUCUCUUAAGACUGAAAGAAGGUCUCGACAUCUCACACAUUCAAGAUGAAUUUCAGUCAGCACAUGAGAAAGCUCCUGGAAUGAAAGACCUCCUGGUGUCCAUCAACAUCAAAGAUUUUGAGAGUGAUUCCUCAAAACCUUCAUCACAAAUGACCAGUUGUCAAAGCAGUCCUCUCAUCUUCAGAGGCAGUAAGAGCGCUCCUGUCCUAGCUCCCGCAGACGAGAAACUUCUUGCCGCUAGUCAACAGUUCAAGAGGAAACAGCACAAAGGAACCAUUGAUGUCUGGUGGCUGUUUGAUGAUGGAGGCUUAACUCUUUUGAUACCGUAUUUACUGACCAACAAGAAGAAAUGGAGUGACUGUAAGAUCCGUGUGUUCAUCGGAGGAAAGAUAAACAGGAUUGAUCAUGACCGCAGAGCCAUGGCGGCGUUACUUAGUAAGUUCCGGAUUGACUACUCUGACAUCACCGUUAUUGGAGACAUCAACAUUAAGCCAGAGAAACACAAUAAGAAGAUGUUUCAGGAGGUGAUUGAGCCGUACAGACUGAGAGAAGACGACAUGGAGCAGGAAGCUGCUGAGAAACUGAAGGUGGAGGAACCCUGGAGGAUCACUGAUAAUGAGCUGGAGCUGUACAGGUCAAAGUCGAACCGUCAAAUCAGACUGAACGAGCUGUUGAAGGAACACUCGAGUACAGCAAAUCUCAUCGUCAUAACGAUGCCGCUGGCCAGAAAGGGGACGGUGUCCAGCGCUCUUUAUAUGUCCUGGUUGGACACGUUAUCUAAAGAUCUGCCCCCCAUUCUUCUCGUCCGAGGAAACCAUCAGAGUGUUUUGACCUUCUACUCCUGAAGAGAUGAUGAUUGAUGAAACACAUCAUUACAAUCAGCACAUUUGUAUAGUGACCAGAUAUGACUGAUGUCACAAAUGAUCAUAUUUAAAUGUAACGACAGGCCAAUAAUGAUGCUUGAAAUAUAUGUAUUGGCCGUUUUGCACUAACGGUCCCAUGAAAAGCCUUUAAUUUAGCUUGUUUUAGAACAUGUAUGUAACACUCUGAACAAUGGCUGCAUUUGAAACAAUGUUUCAGAUCUUCAGACGUCUGUCCACAACACUGACAUUCUGUGUGUCCGCGCUCCUUUUGGAAAACUCUUGGGCUUGUGGAUUGUGUGGCUCAUAUGCUGUUGUGCCUGUUUACUAAACACAAACUAACUGUUUUAGAAUCGGUCCUUAAUCGGGGAAAAGGUCAUGGCUUUGCAAAUGUCUCAGUGCAAACACUGUCAUCAAAACUUAAUUCUAGAAAGAAACAUUGACAUAUUAAUCCAAUAAAC